UUACCGAGGCUGCGCGGUGUGUGUGUGUGUGUGCGUGCUGCUGGGACACCUGUGGCAGAACGGAUUAUUUUUACGAAAAUCUGAACCUCGUGUUUUGUUUAGAGCCUCAAAAUCCGUGGAAAUGUUCAACAGUAAUCGUGUGGAUUUCGAUGAGGAUCCGUUCUUCUCGGAUCCAUUACGGGCUCACAGGGAACAUAUGCGGCAGAUGAUGCGCAGCUUCUCCGAGCCGUACGGUGGGCCCGUAAUGCCCAGCAUAAUGGACGGGAGAAACUAUGCCCGUGACAUGUCAGAACAUCCAAGCUCGUCCCUGGCACUGAGGGGUGAACACGGGGAAAUGACCAGGAACCCUCUCGGCAUGUUCGACAACGUGAUGUCGAGCAUGAGAAACCGGAUGCAGGAGAUGCACAGGCACUUUGGGAACGCGUCCGCGGAUUCAAACACCUGCACCUUCAGCUCCUCGUCAGUCAUGACCUACUCAAAGGUCGGAACUGAGCCUCCCAAGGUCUUCCAGGCGAGCUCAUCGACACGCCGCGCCCCUGGAGGGAUAAAGGAGACCCUGCAAGCGGUUAAAGACUCUGAGAGCGGUCUGGAGAAGAUGUGCAUUGCUCACCACAUCAAGGACAGGGGACAUGUUGUUGAGAAGAAAUACAACAAAAAAACAGGACAGAAGGAGCUCAACCAGGACUUCCAGAAUAUGGAUGAAUCUGAAGCACAGUCUUUUGAUGACGAGUGGCAGCAGGGGGUGUCCAGGUUUCCAAGACCGCCAGGCCCGAUGUUUAGCCUAGAGGAACCGGAGAUCUGUGGUGUUUCCCCGGCCGCCCUCACCGGUUCUGAACAGGAGCUCAGUGACCAAUCAAAGGGCGAGAUUGAGCGUGAGAGACACCUCAAAGGCUCGUGCUCAACAAAGCAGUGACACAUUUGUUUAUGUGCUUAUUAAAGCCUUUUAAGAAUAAUGCAGUACACUCGGGUUGUCUGUAACACCACACACACACGCACCCUGUCAUUAAAUGGACAGGACCACAAGGCACUGUCCCAGAUUUUGAAACAAAGAUAAGACAGUUAUUUCUGCUGCCCAUUUUCCAAAGUAUUCUAAACAAUAGCACUUGAAACCCGCUGAAGAUUUCUGCCCCAAUACUGUGAAAAUGUUGCUCUUUAAUGGGUGAAAUGACUCCUUCCAUCUUACUGACAUGUUCAAUCUUAGCAUUUUGGUGCUGCUCAGGAGCAGUUGAGUUUGAAAACAUCCGAGAAUCAGGUGUCUGUGGUGUCGUGGCUCUGCAGCAAACCAGCAGUGUCACCAGGAUUCAUUCUCUUAUAUGCUUCCAGAACAUAAGUCAUUUAUUUAUAUUUGGCGUUCGGAUGAUACCAUCUAUUAUUGUCAUUGCCAUUUUCAUAAUACAACACCGCACACAAUGUGCUGACUGUUUGAAAUCCCCUAAUGCACUUAGACGAUGUCUAAAUUGUUUUUUUUGUAAUUAUACUGUCUAGUACCUGAUUCUCCAAAUAUGUAAUGUUUUUUAUCUGCUGUAAUCAUUGUAAAAAGAAAAAUACUUUUCCCUUUUUAUGUUGUUUUGGUGUCUUUGUUGUUUUUCAUCUGAUGCUUUGUGCUGCGUAGCACAGUAUCUUAACGACGUCUGGAUUAUUCUCUAUAAUUCUAGUUUAGUUGUUUUAUUAAGCUUUAAAAAUAAGUUGUCAACAACUAUUAUGGUCUGAAAAUAAAAAUACAAGAAAUUGA